AUGCCAGGAGAAACACAGACAUACAACGAUAAAUACGUCAUUGUCUACAACUUUAAAGAUGUUGACCCCGAGAUCGCGAACAAGGAGAUCACUCUCCUCGUCGAAGACCUCGAAUCGGUGGGUCUUCAGACAGAACUGAGAUCUGGCCGUGGCCAGACUCUUCUUAUCUUUGUCAAGGCACCACGAAACCUCUUGGGAAGUUACGUCUACAAUUCCCGACUCAAGGACUGGCUGUACGGCGUUGUUCAGACGCAUCCCGGAGGGGGAAAGGAUACUAUUGUCGAUGGCGCCUUUGAGGCUGAGGACGUUCUCUCCGUGUACCAUCUGGUCACCUGGCCCAAAUCAAACGGCGGAGCUGGCAUCAUCCCCGGAUUCGGCCAGUGGAAGAAUGUCGACAGCGUCUUCCCCCUACAUAAUGAACCCGCCAACUUGGCUCUGUUGAGACACCUAAGCAGUCGGCUCUGGCUAACGAGCGACGAUCUCGACCGCAUCCGAAAUCUCUUCGGCACCAAGGUCGCCUUUUACUACGCAUUUAUCCAAGACUAUGUCGUCUUCCUUACGUUCCCGGCCAUAAGUGGACUUGUUGCUUGGAAGUUCCUGCCGGCUUAUUCCCUCACCUUUGCCAUACUCACUACCGUCUGGUGCACCGUCUUCCUCGAGUACUGGAAAGUCCGGCAGGUCGACCUGAGCAUCAGAUGGGAUGUCAAAGGCGUUGGUGCCGUGAAGAUUACUCGGCCCCAGUACAGAUGGCAAAAGAUCAUUGUAGACAGUACCGGCCGGAGAAAGCAUUACUAUCCGAAAAGGAAGCAAAUGCUGCGGCAGCUGCUGCAGAUCCCGUUCAUGAUUACCGCUGUUGUCAUCUUGGGCGUUAUCAUUCUAGGGAUUUUCGCUCUCGAGACCCUUAUUUCGGAGGCUUACGAUGGCCCUUACAGGGAUGCGAUUGAAUACGUUCCAACGAUCUUGCUCGGCAUCGCCCUUCCGCAAGUCACCGGCUACCUCGAAGCCAUUGCCACCUUCAUCGCAGACCAUGAGAACCACAGGACCGCAGACACGUACGACAUGUCGCGCACGCAAAAGCUCUUCUUUCUCCAGAGCAUCACCAACUACCUUCCGAUCCUCAUCACCGCUUUUGUGUAUGUUCCUUUUGGCAACCGGAUCAUUCCUCUUCUUGAAUCCUUGGCGAUCAGGAUUGCCGGGCCUUACGUGUCGGGGUAUAUCGGCCACAGGCAGACCCGGCAGGCGGAUGGCGACCGGCUCCGGACCGAGAUCGUGGCUUUGACGGUGACAGGCCAGAUCUCCUCCUUCUUCGAGGAGAACCUGCUCCCCGUCCUCAAACGCAAGUCCCUGGAGUGGUACCGCCACUACCGCCACCAGAGGGGGGCCGGGCACUCGGAUCUGUCGUCCAUCGCCAACGACGACCCGAACGAGGCCGAAUUCCUCGAGAGCGCCCGCAGGCAGGCGGCGCUGGAGCCGUACAAUGUGCAGGACGAUAUCGCCGAGAUCGUCCUGCAGUUCGGCUUCCUCGCGCUCUUCUCCCCGGCCUGGCCGCUCGUCUCGGCCGGCUUCCUGGUCAACAACAUCAUCGAGCUGCGCACCGACUUCUUCAAGCUGGUCCACGCCCACCAGCGCCCCGCGCCGGUCCGGACGGACGGCAUCGGCCCCUGGAUCGCCUCGCUCGACCUCCUCGCGUGGGCGGGGAGCAUCACGACGGGCGCCAUCGUGCACCUGUACGGCAGCGGCGGCCGGGGGGGAGGCGGGGGAGGCGGGGGAGGCGCAUGGUGGGCGCUGCCGCUCACCAUCUUCGUCAGCGAGCACGUCUUCCUGGCGCUGCGGGGGGUGGCGCGGUUCGUGCUCGAGCGGGUCGGGCCGUCGGAGCACAUCCGCAAGCAGCGCGCCGAGCGGUACCUCUCGCGCGUGCGGCACCUCGAGGAGAUCGAGGCCAACCGGCGGGCCAACCUGGCGUCGGCGGCGACGCCCGCCGAGAAGCAGCGCAAGAGGUCGAUCCGCGCGGCCGACAGCGACGCCUUCUUUGCCCGCCAGGUCGAGGAGGGCGCGAGCGCGCGGGCGGGCAUCGCCCUGAUGCAGGCGUUCCGCAAGGCGGCCGGCAGCCCGGAGGCGGCCGGAACUAUUAUCAGGUGGCAACCCAAGCUCGAUUAA